CUCUCACUCUCUCUCCUGCUGGCUGCCUGUUCUAGGAAGCCAGCGCGCAGGGGGGUGGUGGUGGGGGGGAUGCACAGCACUGGGGAGAGAGAUUGCGCAUGUUGGUCAGUCGUGUUUUAAAGAGUACAGUGCAGGGAGGCUGAGAGGGGCGCAUGCCACAACUUUUGGAAGGAUGGAAGAGAAGAGGCGAAAAUACUCCAUCAGCAGCGACAACUCUGACACCACUGACAGCCACACUACAUCUGCAUCACGAUGCUCCAAACUGCCCUGCAGCACCAAGUCGGGCUGGCCCCGACAGAACGAGAAGAAGCCUUCAGAGGUUUUCCGGACAGACUUGAUCACAGCCAUGAAGAUCCCAGACUCAUACCAGCUCAGCCCAGAUGACUACUACAUCCUGGCAGACCCAUGGCGACAAGAAUGGGAGAAAGGUGUGCAGGUGCCCGCAGGCGCGGAGGCCAUUCCAGAACCUGUGGUGAGGCUCCUCCCACCGCUAGAAGGCCCCCCUUCCCAGGUGUCUCUAAGCAGCUCUGACCUUGGCGAGGGUUCCCAGCCUGACUGGCCAGGGGGCAGCCGCUAUGACCUGGACGAGAUCGAUGCCUACUGGCUGGAGCUCAUCAACUUGGAGCUCAAAGAGAUGGAGAAGCCAGGGCUGGAUGAGCUGACCUUAGAGCGUGUGCUGGAGGAGCUGGAGACGCUGUGCCACCAGAACAUGGCUCGGGCCAUCGAGACGCAGGAGGGCCUGGGCAUCGAGUAUGAUGAGGAUGUGGUUUGUGACGUGUGCCGCUCUCCCGAGGGCGAGGAUGGCAAUGAGAUGGUCUUCUGUGACAAGUGCAAUGUCUGUGUGCACCAGGCGUGCUAUGGGAUUCUCAAGGUGCCCACCGGUAGCUGGCUGUGCCGGACGUGUGCCCUGGGUGUCCAGCCAAACUGCCUGCUCUGCCCCAAGCGAGGAGGGGCCCUGAAGCCCACCAGAAGUGGGACCAAGUGGGUGCAUGUCAGCUGUGCCCUGUGGAUUCCAGAGGUCAGCAUCGGUUGCCCCGAGAAGAUGGAACCCAUCACCAAGAUAUCGCAUAUCCCAGCCAGCCGCUGGGCCCUGUCCUGCAGCCUCUGCAAGGAGUGCACGGGCACCUGCAUCCAGUGCUCCAUGCCUUCCUGCAUCACAGCCUUUCACGUGACGUGCGCCUUUGACCAUGGCCUGGAAAUGCGGACUAUAUUAGCUGACAAUGACGAGGUCAAGUUCAAGUCCUUCUGCCAGGAACACAGUGAUGGGGGCCCUCGAGGGGAUCCCACAUCCGAACCGACAGAGCCCAGCCCCGCCAGUGAGGACCUGGAAAAGGUGACGCUACGCAAGCAGCGGCUGCAGCAGCUGGAGGAGGACUUCUAUGAGCUGGUGGAGCCAUCGGAGGUGGCUGAGCGGCUGGACCUGGCCGAGGCGCUGGUCGACUUCAUCUACCAGUACUGGAAGCUAAAGAGGAAAGCCAAUGCCAACCAGCCGCUGCUGACCGCCAAGACUGACGAGGUGGACAACCUGGCCCAGCAGGAGCAGGACGUGCUGUACCGCCGCCUCAAGCUCUUCACACACCUGCGGCAGGACUUGGAGAGGGUUAGAAAUCUGUGCUACAUGGUGACAAGGCGCGAAAGAACGAAACACGCCAUCUGCAAACUCCAGGAGCAGAUAUUCCACCUGCAGAUGAAACUUAUUGAACAGGAUCUGUGUCGAGGCCUGUCCACUCCAUUUCCCAUCGAUGGCACCUUCUUCAACAGCUGGCUGGCACAGUCAGUGCAGAUCACAGCAGAGAACAUGGCCAUGAGUGAGUGGUCUCUGAACAAUGGUCAUCACGAGGACCCUGCCCCGGGGCUGCUGUCAGAGGAGCUGCUGCAGGAUGAGGAGACACUGCUCAGCUUCAUGCGGGACCCCUCACUUCGACCUGGAGACCCCACCAGGAAGGCCCGAGGCCGCAUCCGCCAGCCUGCCAAGAAGAAGCCGCCGCCAUCACAGGAUGGGACAGUUCCACGGACAACUCCAGAUAAAUCCCUCAAGAAGCCCUGGGGUCAGGAUGGAGGCAGCUACAAGGGAAGUCAAGGGCCACCUGCCAGGAGACCACAUAGGCGGACACCUUCUCACGUGCCAUCCAGCCCUACAGCUGGGGACUGUCUCAUCCCAGAAGCCCCUGAGAGCCCCCCACCACUGGUCCCUGAGGCCCUGGAUGAGGUGGCUCCCAUGGCUGCUGACUCGAAUGUCCAAGUGCCUGGCCCCACGGCAAGCCCCAAGGCCUUGGGCCGGCUCCGGCCGUCCCGUGACAGCAAGGGAAGCCGGAGGUCACCAGGCCAGAUGCCUGGGACAGAACUGCCUCCUCCUGUGGCCGAGAGGCCAAAGGUCAGGCUGCACUUUGACACCGAGACUGAUGGCUACUUCUCAGAUGGGGAGAUGAGCGACUCCGACAUAGAGGCUGAGGACAGUGGGGUGCAGCGGGGUCCCCGAGAGGCAGGAGCUGAGGAGGUGGUUCGCAUGGGCGUACUGGCCUCCUAACUCACCUCUGCCUUGUCCUGGGUCCUGCCCUGGUCACCCACAAGGCCUCAGCUCAGUCACAACUGCCAUUUCCAGUCUCUGCUGAGUGUCCCAGACCUACAAGGCUGCCACUCUGUUAUGGUUUUAUUUUUAAUAUAGAGAGAGUUUCUGAUUC